AUCGGUAUUAAUUACUGCUUAGGGCCCAGCUGAGGAUGGGUUUAUAAUAUUUGUUUGUAUAUUAACACUUUGAAAUAUGCAGAACAGGUUUCCAUAUGCUCCACACAAUAUCAUAGUGUUUUAAACAACAUUGUGUCUUCAUGAGCAAUUUAACAUAAACCAUUCUGCUUUCAGUAUAUUGUCUAGUAUUGGAUAAACUAUUGUUAGAUUCAAGGACUACUUCCCUAGUGCAAUGAAUUGCUGCUGCAAGUCUGCCAGUGUUCAAGGAAAUUCACAUCUUCUGCUCCAUCUCGUAAAAGAUCACGUGGGUCAAUAUAUUGGGAGAAGUGCAUACUCUCGUCUCUGCUUGCAAGAAAGUGACAUUCUGUACCCUUCUAAAGGACGAUACAUCAAGGCUGACUGUGCAGCUAAAUUGAAUAGCAGUCGUACCAUGGGAUGUAUAAAAUCCAAAAGCCCCUUCCCGCACACUAUUCUAGACGAUGGAAGCAGGGAAGUCGGCAAAUACGAUAGUGGAUGUAACAUAGAAAAAGCCUCUCUUAUUCAGGAAAACUCUGGGAUGUCAUCUUCAGCAAACGCCGCAGUGCUGGACUUUGCUCACCGUCUUUCCCUUGAGAUUCUGGAUCAAGCUGUGAAACAAUGGGCAAUGAAUGAAAGCAAAUACAGUGACAUCCCGUUCAUAGAAAGCGAUGAGCCCUAAUUGCAGGACUUGGCUUCCCAAUAUGCCUGUGAGGCAUCCCAUGUUUUGGUGCUAGCACAAAUAAAACAACAUUCAUACGAGAGCAGUUGUGAUUUUAAAAGUCAUCAUACACACAGCUAAUCCUGACUGAGGUAAAUUCUUGCCUGUAGUUGUAAUAGAACCACGAUGACAUCAAAUGGUUCUAGGGCUAGUAUGUAAUUCAAUAUUCCGGUAAAUCCCAUUUCAGUAUCUACGGGAAUAUUAACAACGCAACAGAGCAAAGUAUAAGUACCCUUAAAAGCAAAAUCGGUCCUCCCCCAACCAAAUAGCCAUGAGGGGAGGGAAUGUUUGGACCAGGAUGUCAGAAUAGGGUUUUAGCUAUAUAAUUCCUAUUGAGCUAAAAUAUCUUGGGGGGGGGGGAAGUAAAGAGAAAUAUUGGUGCUUAAUUUCCCUGUUUACAUAAAGGGGAUUUAAUUACUUAACAUGAGUGUGAACUCUAUCAGGGUGUUAUGUGACUAUCAAAGGUUUUUUUCCAAAGGCAUCUCACAUCUUGUUGAAGUGAGACUAGUUAUUUUACAAUUUUACUUGGCUGAGCAUACUAAACUCAGUCCAAAGACCUGCACAUGUAGGUUUUAUCAAAGAACAUACCAAAAAAGCAUGUUUAAUAGUUGGAAGAAAAAAUAAUUGAAAUUACGAUGACUUUGCAAGUUAUUAGCAAAGUCUUUAUGAAAGUGUACUAAAAACACUGGAGGAAGGGAUUAUUUCUCUUGAUUAUCAAUUAUCAAAGGGACAGUAGGGAGAAUAGACAGGUUGAAAGCAAAAGUGCAAUAUAGAACAAGUGUAGCAGCUCGUAUAUAUGGAGAAAGGUAACUACUGAAAAUGUGGGAGUAAUAUAUUAAUUUAGUAUUAAAUUCAAAAAAAGCAUAGCCUUUGUCCUCUUGGUUAUUCAGGCAACAUAAUUAACUGUUAAAAAGGAAAUCAUAAUACAGUAGUAGCCGAGAACUACUGUUCUUAAACUAAACUGUAUAUGAAUUUCUCUAAAUACACCAUUCUUAGAAUAACAGAGUAUAUUUUCAGUACAGAAUUGAAAGGAGCAAGCCACUUUUAUAUCAAGGAGAAAGUUAUCAUUUUGUUUGGGUAUAAUUCAUUUUAACAAAAAACUCACCCCUAAUGGUUUGAAAUUAUGUAUUUCAAAUACUUUGUGGUGUAGUUGAGCAGAAUAUUUUGUAGCAAUUCUUUUUUCAACAAUAUUUGAUAAGCACAUGCCAAAUCGAUAAUUAUUCUGGUAAGUAGUAGAAAGUAAUUUGACCCUUAGAGACAGAACCCCUUCAGUUCUAAUAAAUGUACAUACAUAUAUAUUCUACAUAAUAUUUCAUUAGUGGGCAAGGUCCAAACACAAUUAUACAGUGAAUGUCAGACAGAUUUCUUAUUAUAUUUUGUAAAAUCUAUACUAUAGUAAGUGUUAUAUAAAUGUAUAAUCACAAACGAUCUGAUUAUGAUUAUGCCAUAAAGUCACUGUUGACUCUUAGCAAUCACAUAGAUUUUAUCCAUGAUGAUCUGUCCUUACCAAAUUAACAAGAUACUUUAAAAAAAAAUACUAACUAGACAAAUAAUAAAGAUGCUAACUGAGCAAUUUUACAUGAGACAGACUGGUUUGCCAUUAAUCUCUUUGUUUCCCUCUUUCUGUUCUUGAAGAGAUAAGAGCCAGCAGCUUCCACAGGAUCUUCAAAAUUUGGAUCUCUUUACACAGGUUAAGUAGGCUAAAUCCAUUCUGUCCCUUAUUCAUUAAACCACAAUAGCCAUUUUUAAAAUCAUUAUUUGCAGUUUGACUAUCAUUUAAGUAAUGGUUUAAGGAACGAAACCACCACUAUUUUUAACAUAUGCAUUUUCCUUCUAAUUAGUUAAUUGCUUGAAGUUAUGUUUGAAUAAAGGAAAAAACCUUA